CAAACAAGAAAAAAAUUAUCGUAUUUUCCUCGUGAUAUCCUAGCGGUUAGAUAAACAACGCGGAAAGCGACCAAAUCAUGGCUACCGUAGAUUCUCUUAUGAGCUUGUGUGCUUUUAUUGUUGCACAGCAGUGUGAGAAGUAUGAUGAGAUCAGGAUGUUACCUGCUGCCGUUAAAGACAGAUUAUUACGAAUAAAGAUGUCGUCUGGCACGGUCACCGACUCCAACAUCAGCCAGCUCGUGCACGCUGGAACUCACACACUGGAUCUGCUGAACUGCAUGGUGUCAGACUCUGCGCUUAAACAAAUCAACUGUCUGCAGUUGAGGACAAUACUGUUAAAAGGCUGUGCAGAAAUCACAUCUGAGGGUGUAGAGGUGUUGGCGUCCCGCUGCCCCUGUCUUCAGGUAGUUGAUCUCACAGGCUGUACGGCUGUGACAGAUUCAGGGAUUCAAGCUCUGGCUUUACACUGCAAAUGUUUAGAAGUGAUUUCGCUCCGUGGCUGCACUGCUCUCAGUGAUAAAGCCCUGCUGGAGCUGGGGACGAACUGCAGAAGGCUGCACAGCAUUUACUUUUCUAGGACAAAGGUAACUGAUCAAGGGGUCAUUGGACUUGCGACAGGAGUUUGUUCACAUAGCCUUAAGGAGUUACAGAUGGUACAAUGUCACAAUUUGACUGAUCUGGCUGUGACUGCUGUUCUUGCAAACUGUGCAAACAUCAGAAUUUUCAAUUUCCAUGGAUGUCCCCUGAUGACAGAUGAGUCAAGGGAGGCACUACAAAACCUUAUUGGCCCCGACAAGAUCCGACAAGUUUCUUGGACUGUGUACUGAAUGUGAUUAACUGAACUGAACUGAUCUACAGCACACCAACUUUAUUGUCAUACAUGUAAUGCACACAUCCAGGAAUAUAAACAUCAUCCUUUUUUAAAUUGACUAAAUUGUCAAUGUUUGAGGUAUAAAAAAAAAGAUAAAAUCUGUUUUACAGCGUUU